CACCAAUCCGAAAUAGGCGAGAGCAUGUGGCAGUUUGUUUCCACGCUUCAGAACAGCACUGUUACAAGAGAUAAGUAUCGUUAUCAAUAAAUGCAAAGACACUCAACGUGAAAAUGAUAAUGCGAGCGAAACUCAAAAUUAAGACAGUGUGGGCAUUCCAUACAAAUAGGGCAAAUUCUUAUCUUUAAACAAUGACGAACAUCGCAGCUGUUUUACAUGGAGCGAAUGAUUUACGAGUUGAACCCAUUCCAGUGCCUGAAAUAAAAGAAAAUGAGGUUCUCUUGGCGAUGAAAUCUGUCGGAAUCUGUGGAUCAGAUCUUAAAUACUGGAUGUAUGGAAAAUGUGGGAAGUUCACCAUGGAGAAACCCAUGGUCAUUGGACACGAGGGCAGCGGGGAGGUGGUCAAGCUUGGACCUGGGGUCAAACAUCUCAAAAUAGGAGAUCGGGUGGCAGUAGAACCAGGCGUUCCCUGCGGACGGUGUCCAUUAUGCAAAACUGGACGAUACAAUUUGUGCCAAAGUAUUUUCUUCUGUGCAACACCCCCUGACGAUGGAAAUCUGUGCCGGUUUUACAAACACUCGGCGGAAUUUUGCUAUCGGCUUCCAGAUCACGUGACUGAUGACGAAGGGGCUAUGCUAGAACCUUUAGCAGUGGCAGUAUACAGUUGUCGUAAAGGACAAGUAGGACUGGGUACCAGACUUCUUAUCUGUGGUGCAGGUCCAGUGGGGAUUCUGACGCUGCUGGUUGCAAAACAAAAUGGUGCCACAACUGUUGCCAUCACAGAUAUCGAUUCCACAAGGUUGGCGUUAGCGAAGUCCUUGGGCGCUGAUUACGCCUUCAAGGUCACCACGGAUGAGCCCUCGACACUAGCCACGGACAUUUUGGAUGUGGUUGGAGAUUUUCCUGACGUCACUAUUGAAUGCAGUGGUACCAACUUCGGAUUCUCCACAGGGAUAUAUGCAACCGUCCCCGGUGGAAGUCUGGUCAUGGUUGGCCGAGUCCCUGGCGGCGCGGAGUUUCCCCUUAAUUUGGCGUUCACCAAGGAGAUAGACAUCAGAGGAGUAUUUAGAUAUGCUAAUUGACAAGUCACGGAUGUACGGAAAUAGAAAAAGUACUACAAAACACAGACAAGUCACGGAUGUACGGAAAUAGAAAAAGUACUACAAAACACAGACAAGUCACGGAUGUACGGAAAUAGAAAAAGUACUACAAAUGACGGAUUGGUUUGUCCGUGCAUCUCCGUGAAUUUAGAAACUUUAAAAGUGUGAAUAAAUAGUGCUACCCCUUAUAUCUGUAGAACAUAGUCCACAGCUGGACGAAGGCAAGGUUUUCAGCAUAAACACGUGGGUGAAAGCCUGCUACAUAUGGAAAUUAAGUCAAUCACGGAAUCACCGAGCCAUCCGUUAUCCACGAUCCCGUUUAUUCGACCAAGCGGAUUAUUCAUCCUUACGGAUUCAACACUUGCACGGAUAUCAACUGGGGUUUCCUCACUCACAGAUUCCUCCGUCACGGAUAUUUCUUCCUGGUCAUAUUUGUAUUUCUUCAUGGUCAUAUUUAGAUUUCUUCUGGAUACCCAUACUCUACAUUUCAUGGUUCGGGCGUUUUUUCCGGGUUUCUUUCUUUCUUCCACGCGCUUUUCCCCUGUAGAACUGUUAUUUUUACGGAUUUUGUAGACGCGAGGGCAUUUACUUCCUUCCAUAGUGAUAUUUUCACGGACAAAAUAUGACGACAAUUAUUUGAAGUAAGACAAGAGCAUUAGAAACAUAUCCAUUACUUGUACAUGUAUAAGGUGCUGAUAGCUAAAUAUGUAAAUGAAAACAUUUACAUUAUUUUGUACAUUUAUUUUCUCACAAAACAGCCAAAAUCACGGAUUUUGCUGGCAUGGAAAUAUCGGCGUAAACGAAUGUUUACGGACAAAAUUAGAAAUUAGACAUGAACAUUUUUAGGGAAAUUCAAACGCUGUAAACUAGUCCAAUGCAACCCAUAAUAAUACAUCCCAUCUUUGGGUGAAGUGCUAUUCUGUCACUGAUUUUCUUUGAUUGGCAACUUUUUGUUCAAUUCGAAUAUUUAGGUGGUUUAUGUUUAUAUCCGUGAAACAAAGUUUUUAUAGGAUUUACUAUUGAUUUGUGGCUUCUAACAGAAUUAGAAUUUUUUUGGUACACCUCAAGGGGAAUAUGUAGGUGUUGAUAUCUUUGUGAAAUCUAUCAGAGGAUUUUUGAAAUAUUAAGUGAAAUUUAUUUUUCAACGAAAUGACACUACGAUGAGCAAAUCACGUGAUCGAACCUACAAGAAUCAUAUAACCUUUCCCUCGAUGUGUUCUCGGGACAUCCUGUACAGCAUCCCUCAGGGGGAGGUACCUCAUCUACUUUUCGUAAAACCGUGAUUACCUUGACGUCACAAUACAUCUGCGUCACUUCCUGUAAGUGGAUUUUCAUACUUAGUAAGGAGCAGAAGGAUUUUUUAUCCACAUUUUUUUGUGUGUAAGUGUCAUCACCGGCAGUGUAAAUGAUCAGCAUUCAGAGAGAAAGGAAAAUAAAAAAUGGUCACC